UGUAGAAAUGGAAGUUGAAACAAGUGGAGUUGAAGAAUUCUCAGCUCCUAAAAUUAUACGGAGGAACAGAAUGGGGUGUAAGCGCGAUGAAAUGUAUCAAUGGCCUGAUGAACAGUACGAUCAAAUGGAUUCAGCGCUUGCUGUGCAACAAUAUAUUCAGCAGCUCAUACGGCAAGACUUCGCUAAAAUUGACGAUAUCCUCAAUCCGCCUGAAAAUUGCGACGAGGGUGUUUGGAAAUACGAACACCUGAGGCAGUUUUGCAUGCAAUUGAAUACACUGGCUGUUCAUUUACAAUCUGAAUGUAUACCAUCAACAUGCAGUCAAAUGACAAGUACAGAACAGUGGAUAUUCUUAUGUGCUGCACACAAAACACCAAAAGAAUGCCCUGCAAUUGACUACACUCGGCAUACUCUUGACGGGGCUGCCGGUCUACUGAACAGCAACAAAUACUUUCCAAGCCGGGUCACCAUAAAGGAAUCGUCGGUAGCCAAACUGGGAUCUGUGUGCCGACGAGUAUAUCGGAUAUUUUCACACGCAUAUUACCACCACAAAAGCAUUUUCGACACAUUUGAAACAGACACUCUGCUCUGUAGGAGAUUCACAAUUUACGUACUAAAAUAUGGCCUUAUGAGCAGAGAUAAUUUGAUAGUACCAGUGUUGUCUGAAGAGGAAAUGGAGACAAUGGAAAGAGAAGCAGCUAACAGUACUGCUAAUGAAGGAGCCCCGGGCUCAGAUUCAUUGUCGAACACAAUGGUUUCAUCCUAUGCGUAGAAUAAUUUAUAUAAUUACUCAAAUUUAUUAACAGCUACCCAAUGAAGUAAACGAGCUUCCUUGAUUGGUUAUCACUAAAUGUUAACAUUAUUGCUCAAAGGAAUGAUUUGCAUGUGAACUUAUUAAAUAAAAUUUGAUCAAGAUAGAUUGGAUGUUGUUGGCAAAAUCAAUCGAUCCUUGCUUUUUUCAGGCGGAAUUAAAGUAAUAGUAUAAA